GGUUCGCAGAGGAGAUCAGACGGACUUUGCAGUGCUUCUUGCUGAGGAGCAGGUACCUCUGUCACUGCUGCGCUUCAGAUACCAGUACAUGUAGAAGGAAAAUGGAAGUCAUUGAACUUGGAGAUGUUAACCUGAACUGUCCUUCCAACUGCCAAAUUCAUAACACCCAUUUCUUCGGAACUGACAGACAGAUAAUAAGGAGAGGGCAAGCCUUUAAUUUCUAUGCAAGUUUCCAUAAUCGGGAAUGGGAUGACUCCGUGGAUCAGGCUACUUUCACCGUGGAGACAGGCCUCAGACCCUGCGAGUCAAAUGAGACGAAAUGUACCUUCCCAAUGGGUAGAUGUUUAGAUCAGACUUGCUGGAGUGCUUCCUACAAAACUCACCAGCCAAAAUGCAUCAACAUCAGUGUGUUUCCUCCCUCCAAUGCCUGCAUUGGCCGUUACAUUCUCAACAUGCAAAUCACUUCUUGUGGUCACACAUACCAGCGAUGUCUUGGAGAUUUUUAUGUCCUUUUUAACCCUUGGUGCGCAGAUGACCCUGUAUACCUGGACAAUCAGGCCCAAAGAGAAGAAUAUAUUCUCAAUGAACAUGGCAUACUGUAUGAAGGAGUUCAUAAGCAUAUUACCUCUAGACCAUGGCACUUUGGACAGUUUGAAGAUGGGAUUCUGGACAUCUGCUUGAAGAUUUUAGACAUGGGUGCAAGUUAUCAUCAUGGUUCUGAUCGAGACCAUUGUUGGCGCAAUGAUCCUGUGCAUGUCAGCAUGGUGGUAAACCACAUGAUAAGCAGCCAUACCACUAACAGUAUCAUGAAGAUUCCAGAAAAUAAUGAUUACCUGAAAGGAACAAAACCAUUUUCCUGGAAUGGAAGCGUCCCUAUUCUUCAGCAGUGGUACAAUGGUAGAUGCAGACCUGUCAGAUAUGGGUACUGUGGAUCUCUCGCUUCUGUAAUGUGCACAGUGAUGAGGUGUUUGGGAAUUCCAAGUCGUGUUGUCACAAACUUCUGUUUUCCAUGCUCAAAUGAGAAUCCUCUUGGUAUCAAUGAGAUUUUUGACUGUACAGGAAAAAAUCUCUGUGGCAAGGACAAGCUAUGGCGGUACCACUGUUGGAAUGAAUCUUGGAUGGCUCGUAGAGAUCUAAAUCAAUGCUGUGGUGAUUGGCAGUGUCUGGAUCCCACACCUUUGGAAACAGGCAGAGGCUCAGCUUGCAGUGGUCCUACUUGGGUUCGAAGCAUCAGAGAAGGAGACCUGGACUUGGACUAUGAUGGUCAUUCCAUGUUUUCUCGGCUGAACUCAAACUAUGCUGGAUGGCUUUCUCAAAAUAAUGCCAAAAAAACAAAAGUUUUCUGUGACGCUUGGCCAUGUGGACAACAACUAAUCACAAAGAGUGUUGGCAGUGAGCAAUUUGAAGAUAUCACCGGGAAUUACAAGUAUGAGCUAGGUUCUGUGAAAAGCAAAGAAGCCUAUUACCGAGCUUACAGAAGAAUUCACCCAGGGUACUGCAAUGCUUCCAACUGUCAUAUAGACAGAGAGUUAUCAUCUCUGAAAAACCCAUUUUUGAGUGAUAGCGGUAUUAACACAAGACUAAAGAUGGCUAACUGCCCAAUGUAUGGUGAAGAUGUCCAACUGCACUGGCUGCUUGAAAAUUUGCGUAGUGAACCCAAAAACCUUAAGUUUAAUUUGUGUGCACAGAUAAUAACAUACAAUGGUUGCCCAAUGGAUCAGUUUUGGAAAGACAGUGUGACCGUUGCAUUAGGUCCAAGGGAAGUGAAAAAAAUUCCACUGUGUGUAUCAUAUAGUCAAUAUGGACCUUACCUCAGUGAUCACAACAUUAUGAAAGUGGUUGCUGUCUCAGAUCCAGAGUGUGGAGAAGUUCUGAUGGUGAGCAGGGAUAUCGUGAUUAACAGGCCACCAGUUAUUGUUAAGCUAUUGAGCCAGCCCAGGCUGAAAGUACCAUGUACAGCAGAGAUCUCCUUCUGCAAUCCACUCCAGGAAGAUAUGAAGAACUGCAUAAUGACUUUAGAAGGCUGUGGUUUAUUCAAAGAGCCAAUGACCAUUGAUUUGGGAACGCUGGCUUCCAAUCAGCAGGCACGGACCAUCGUGGAGUUCACACCAUACAGGCUGGGAAGCCACCGGCUCCUAGCCAACCUUGGAUGCCACAAGUUUGCCUACUGCAAAGGAUGUGCCAAGGCCGAAGUGUGUAACCAUGUGGGGCAGAAUGGCUCCCUCCCUGUGAACCAGAAUGGAUCAGUGCCAGUCUGUGAGAACGGGUCCCUGCCUGUUAAUGGCUCUGGGGUGGCCCCUGCAGGGGACCCUGGACUCAAUUCCACAUGUGAAUACAUAUGUAUCCCUGUGUACAACCCAAACUGCAACCCUGGGGGGCCACCUGUUUUCGACUUCGUGUACCUUCCUGCAGGCCACCCCUUAUGCAACUCCAUUGGCAAUCCAGGCUUCAACCCAAACUUCAACGCUAUAUUUGAUCCUGGGUGUGAUCCUGGCUUUCGUGUUAUAUGCGAGACUGUGCCUCCUGCUACGUGUACCCAGAUGCCUCCAACCGUGUACAGCUCGAUGCCUGUCACAACAUCCAACCCUGCAGGCCCCCCUGUGCCUCAUGUGGUGUUUGAAACAGGGUCUGCUCCUACACACCAGCCUGGAGGCGGAGGGGGGCCCAUGCCUUAUUCUGUCUCUGUCCCAGCAAACAAUGCGGUGAGUGCCCUGCUGACCCACUUCAUGGCUGGCUCCAGUCCUACCACAGCAACCCAAGGGAUUCCCACCCACCUGUCAUCACACCCUGUGUGCCCUCCAGUCGCUCAUGCUGUCAGCAGUUCCAUGCCACCACCCGCAGCCAUUUCAGUGCCUGCGGCCUCCCUCUCUCAUGUUGUUUGUGGCUCUGCACCCUCUCCCAUUGCCCAGCCUCUCUGCAGCUCAAUGGCCCCUCUACCACCGCAGCCCCUGAGCACCCCAGUAGCCCAUGCUGUGUGCUCCCCAGCCCCUUGCCCUGCAGCUUCCCCAUUGCCCCGUGCUGCACGUAGCUCUACCCCUGCAGGGCUGCACCUGGCUGGCUCUCCAGCUCCCCGCCCUGUGGGACCCCCAGCAGCCCAUUCACUGUGCUCCCCAGCCUCCCGUCCUGUGGGACCCCCGGCAGCCCACUCACUGUGCUCCCCUGCCUCCAUCUCAGUGGGAGCUACAGGAGUCCGCUCUGCAAGCUCACCUGCCCCUUGCCCCGAAGACUCAUCGGCCACCUGCUACACGUCCCCCCCAACUCCUCAGCCUCUGGCAGCCGCCACUGCCCGCUCCCUCUGCAACCCUGCCUCUCACUCCAUCUCCCGGGUCGUUUGCACCCCAGGGUCUCGCUCAGUCUGUGGCCCUCAAUGGGGCCCUUCCUGUAACACCACCACCACCACUCGCUCAGGCUCCCUCUCCGUGUGGCCUCCAACUUCCCGCUCAACAUGGAACCUCACGGGGCGCUCAGGCUACAUUCCCUUCUCCCGCGGCUCCUACAACACACUCUCAGGCCCUCCCUAUAGUUCCUUGUCUCGAUCCUUCAACACCUUGUCCCGCUCAGCCUACAACACCCUGCCCCGCUCUACCUCUCCCUCUGCCUACGCCACCCUGCCGCGCUCCAGUUCACGCCCAACUGGCAGUGCUCUGACCCGCUCCGGGACCCACACCCCUUGGAGCCCCAACAGGAGCACUCUCUCCUACUUCAAACGCAAAUACCUGUAAUUGAGAGCAACCUUCUGGGGAAGAACCAAAGCAAGUGAACUACCGCCUGCAUGCAGGUGCUUUGACAAAAGGUUAGAAAUAGGAUGAUGGAGAGCUGCCUGCAUAGUCCUGAAUAUUUACCCUCGUGAUUGAGAUGCAUUGGAAAGCAGGUGGCUAGCCAACAGCCAAGAGGUGCAUUUGAUGCAAUGUCCAUUUGCCUUGAGAUGUGGUCCAGUGGAACUGACAAAUGAAUGUGCUCUCCCCUGGAACCCCAGUGACAACGGUAGCGCAGUGCAGGUAAUUGGACUAGAUUGCUCAGUCAGGCUCUUUUAUAAAUGAUCUGCUUUCACUCUCUUCUUGAUUUCCUGCACAGUGUAUUUCUCAGAUCUCCCUGGGCUACAGCCCUCUUAGCAAAUCUGUCUCCCUGCAUAAGAUGCACUUUCCUUAGAGUUCUGCUAUCACAGCAAUGGUUGCAGAGCCACCUGCCCAACACCCCUUGGCUCUCCAGCCCUGAUAUUGCCUUGAUUCAGGUCAGUUCUGCAUGCACUCAAACUUCCUUAGUUUUGAGGUAAUGAGAACUGUGGGAGUACUACAACUACAACUAACAACUCAAUUUUUGCAAAUAAAUGAAAGUGUUCAUGAAAACAAACAAACAAACAAACAAACAAACAAACAGGCAAUUACAAUAGAUUUGGUAUUACUAUUCUAGAUAUAUAACUGGUUCAGUAUCAGGAAGAAAGGCCAGAGUAGAAAAGCUCAAUUAAUGUCUAAUGCCAAUUUAUUGGCUUUCACAGCUGUUUUUUGUACAGCAUAUCCAAAAUUUUUCUCUUAUAUAAUGGGAAGCUCAUGGGAAAUGCUCUAAUUUCCCAUUUAAGCUCAUGGGAAAUGCUCUAAUUUCAAGCCUGUGCUUUCAUGAUUCAGUACAGCUGGGAAACUUUUGUUGACAGACCAAAAUUAGAGAAGGAGGCAUCCUUUCUUUCCAACACUCAGCCCUCCCAAAUGAACAAUUAAAAGAAAGAAAAUGUAUUAGAACUUCUUUGGUUAAUUGGUAUGAUUUCAAUGCUAACCUUCUCCCACUUUUUCUAGAAUCAAAAUAACAUACUGUCAUAAAAGAAGUGUCCCAAAUUUUACCUUUCCUUUGUCUGUUCCUCACAAGAGCUUUGGGUUUGCUGACAUAUCUCCCAUCCCUCCAUUGUUUUCCUCUAGUGCUCCAUUAUUUUUAGUAGCAAACUUUAGUGGGGUCUUUUGGUAAAAUAAUUUUGCUGGUGCUGCAGAAUUUUCAGUAAUGUAGCGAUAGUAUCUCAGUAGUACUACUGUAGUUCACCCACCUAUGCUUCGUGAUGAGAUUGAGCUAUGGGAAUUUUGAAAAGACGUGGUGUCAGAUGCUAGCUAUGAAUGUACCAGCUGUGUCAAUUACUUAAUAAUUCUGAGUAUGGUAGAGGUCUUUGCCUGGAAACUGUACUGCAGUGAUCACAGUCCUGUGACUUGUUUUUUACGCAAUUUCAGUAGUUUCUAUUGGGUAUUUGCUGACAAUACAUUUGCCUGACAAUAAAAAUAGAAAUUUAGAAAGAAAAAAGAAACAAAUGUAAUUGUCUUCUUGGUGUUUGGUUGCUUUUUGUUUUGUUGUUGUUUUCUUGUAAUAUCUCUUCAGACUUGGGGGAAAAUUUCUCCAGAUGCAAUUCAGCGUGAAAUCUUCUUCCCACUCUGUCCUUUUUCUUCAUGUCAAGUCUGAAAUAAAGACUGCAAAAUAGGUUCUAAAGUUAAAAUAAAUUCUUACUUUACCUGAAA